CACACCCAUCCCUCUGUCCACCCCAUCGCAACUAUAGCCACCGAUGGUGCUGCAGGCGGUAUUGCACCUGGCAAUGCCAGCCUAGGUAAUGGUAGGUUGACCAGAACCAGAAGCUCCUUCCUGUCCUGCUAUACCUGCUGGGUACUACUGCUUCCUCCCUUUGCCACCUCUUCCUGUCCUCCACAUCCUCCUACUCUCCUCCCUCAUCUACCUCUCUAUCUGCCCACUCCUCUUCGUCUCCGUCUCUCCUGCAUGUCUUCCUCUCCUCUCUCCUCUACCUCCUCUACCUCUCUAUCUGCCCACUCCUCUUCGUCUCCUUCUGUCCUGCAUGUCUUCCUCUCCUCCCUCCUCUACCUCCUCCACCUCUCUAUCUUCCCACUCCUCUUCGUCUCCGUCUCUCCUGCAUGUCUUCCUCUCCUCCCUCCUCUACCUCCUCUACCUCUCUAUCUGCCCACUCCUCUUCGACUCCGUCUGUCCUGCAUCUCUUCCUCUCCUCCCGAGGAACUUUUCCUUUUGGUCUUUUCUGAAUGAGUAGGAAUUCCACAGUACGCCCAAUGUUUCAGUAGGUAGUGGGUGAGGAAACCUACUGAUGGGAACACUGUUCUGUCUCUAUGGGAAUACUGUUCUGUCUCUAUGGGAACACUGUUCUGUCUCUAUGGGAACACUGUUCUGUCUCUAUGGGAACACUGUUCUGUCUCUAUGGGAACACUGUUCUAUCUCUAUGGGAACACUGUGGUAGACAGGCCAGAUAGGGGUUUAUUAAAGCUACAUUCUGUAAUUCUUCUCAGUAACAUAAUGUGUUGAAGUAGAUUGUGUUGCUGGUUGCUAGCAUGCUUGAUAUUAUCAUGGAAUUUGCAGGGUUUUAAUGUUCCUCAUAAAGGAUAAGCAAAGUCAUCGGUGUGAGUUAUUCCACAGGUCACAUGGUCCAUUAGUAGUUUCCUGUGACUGAUGUCUGUAGUAGUCUACUACCCUUGCAGGCUCUGGUCAAAAGUAGUGCACUACAUAGGGAAUAGGGUGCCAUUCUCUGGUCUAAAGUAGUGCACUACAUAGGGAAUAGGGUGCCAUUCUCUGGUCAAAAGUAGUGCACUACAUAGGGAAUAGGGUGCCAUUCUCUGGUCUAAAGUAAUGCACUAUAUAGGGAAUAGGGUGCCAUUCUCUGGUCUAAAGUAGUGCACUAUAUAGGGAAUAGGGUGUCGCUUGGGCGGAAUCCAUUUUGUUGUGUGUCUUCUGCUCAGCUCCGGGACUAUCCUUCCAUGUCCUCUGGGAAUGGAUCUGAUGUUGUGGUUGAAAUGAACUGAAUAGAAAUAUCCGUUACACCGACUGACUCGGAAAGAAACAGUCUGGGGAUGUUAUUGUGCAGAUGCAGGCGAUGAGAAUAAUCUCUGUCUGGUACAUACUGUAACGUCAGCAUCAUACUUUUCAACAGGACCCACAUUUCCAAGUACUUGAACUCUUUAAAUAAAGGUUGUAUCUUUAAAAUAUAUAUAUAUAUAUAUUUGUGCAUGUGUCCAGGAUUCCCUUUAAAGUUCCUCCAUCCUCAAAGACCCAACGAACUGAAUAGAUAACCAUUACCCAGAGUACAGUGGGCUGCAGAUGCAGGCGAUGCACACUUCAUAAGGGUUUCUGCCUGGAAGUUACUGGAAGUUUUCAACAGGUUUACUUUUGAACUAACUCUCCAAGUAGCCUACUUCAACUCUUUAAUGUAUGUGUCUAAAACAAGUUAUUCAUUGUUUUAGUUUUUCAAUGGCGUGAUACGAAUGAACACAUCAGCGUUUAUCCUGUUGUUGGUAGGGUGCACCUACUUAGCCAUCUAUCAGACCCUUGCAGGGCUCCAUCAGAAACCCUGUUCUUCCUUUAUAGAAAUCUGUCUUUGUGGGAGGAUUUCUUUCCUAUAGUCUUUUCUUUCUCCCCAGCAUUCAAUUCCUCUCCCUUUUCCCUCGGUCUGACCUUGCAUGAGGAUUCUGACCUCACUGUUACACUGCAUGCUCUUUGUUGGUCCUGUGUGUGGGUGUGUGUGUGUGUGUGUGUGUGUGUGUGUGUGUGUGUGUGUGUGUGUGUGUGUGUGUGUGUGUGUGUGUGUGUGUGUGUGUGUGUGUUGCUCCUCGCUGUGCUGUGUGUGUGUGUGUGUGUGUGUGUGUGUGUGUGUGUGUGUGUGUGUGUGUGUGUUAACCCUGUGAUUCUGUGUCUUGACGCCUCAUGAAAUGUGUACUGUUGAUGUGUGGAAUUCACUGUAGUCUGCAUGUGAGUGUGUCACUCUUCAAAAUGAACACACCGAUCAAUAGAGAGGAAAUCUGAGCCGUGAUAGCAUAGGUCUUGUAGUUAUUCAAGUACAGUUUAACAUCAAGUGAUUGACAGAACUUGAAUCCACUAGUUGCAUCACACUCAAAUCACUUUUGAAUUCCAUUGAAGUAAAUGUAUAUAGAAGCUUGGACUGUAUCCAUCCAACACUCCCACGGCCAGACAGAAACAGAAAUACAAAGUUACUUACUUCAGUUUGCACUGUGUUGUUAAAGCAAUUAUUAAAUACCCUUUAGAAAAAUGAUUUCAAUUAUAUCUAUUUUAUUAUUUUCUAGUGCCCUAAGCAACCUUUCAAAACAUGACAUUUCCUAAUUGACUGCAUAGUCACAUUAUUUUCAAAUCAGGUUGUAUUGUCUAUUAUCUAUUUCGAUUGACAUUAUUUCUAAUAGUUUUUGAGGCGUUAGCAAGCCCAGACAUAUACACACACACACAACAGUACAAAUUGGAAACAUUUGCAGACAUCCAAAUUACCAUCCCCUGAAGUAGAAUCUACCUCAUUAAAAAAAAAGCAGCUGUUCUGUUAUGUAUGUGACUGUCAUGACGAUGUUCAAUAAAUAUUUCAUUUGACGGUUUUCCUUUUCAUUUCAUUGUAAUGUUUGUCCUGGUGAUGAUUGGUUGUUUACUGUCAGCUUUGGUUCUUUUUGUUCUGUGUCUCCGUAUGUCUCCAUCGUAGGUAAAAUACAGGAUGUGAAUAUGGAGAACAACCAGACUAAAGGUAACCUAUUUUCAACUUCCCCCCAUGGUUUGGUUUGGAUGUGCUCUAACUAGGGUUGCAAAAAAUCCGGUAACUUUCCCAAAAUUCCUAGGUUUUCCAGAAAUCCUGGUUGGAGGAUUCCAGAUUUUCUGCUUAUUCCUUUCUGAUUAAAGGAAUUUUCCGACCAGGACUUCUGGAAACACCUAGGAAUUUUGGGGAAAGUUAUCGGAAUUUUUGCAACCCUAGCUCAAAACAUUCCUCUAACAUUCCCCUAACGUUGAGUCUAUAAGGUUCAUCUAAUGUUGAGUCUCUCUCUCUCUCUCUCUCUCUACUCUGUAUUGUUAACAGGUCAGGUGACAGGGCUGUACAGGGUAUUGUUAACAGGUCAGGUGACAGGGCUGUACAGGGUAUUGUUAACAGGUCAGGUGACAGGGCUGUACAGGGUAUUGUUAACAGGUCAGGUGACAGGGCUGUACAGGGUAUUGUUAACAGGUCAGGUGACAGGGCUGUACAGGGUAUUGUUAACAGGUCAGGUGACAGGGCUGUACAGGGUAUUGUUAACAGGUCAGGUGACAGGGCUGUACAGGGUAUUGUUAACAGGUCAGGUGACAGGGCUGUACAGGGUAUUGUUAACAGGUCAGGUGACAGGGCUGUACAGGGUAUUGUUAACAGGUCAGGUGACAGGGCUGUACAGGGUAUUGUUAACAGGUCAGGUGACAGGGCUGUACAGGGUAUUGUUAACAGGUCAGGUGACAGGGCUGUACAGGGUAUUGUUAACAGGUCAGGUGACAGGGCUGUACAGGGUAUUGUUAACAGGUCAGGUGACAGGGCUGUACAGGGUAUUGUUAACAGGUCAGGUGACAGGGCUGUACAGGGUAUUGUUAACAGGUCAGGUGACAGGGCUGUACAGGGUAUUGUUAACAGGUCAGGUGACAGGGCUGUACAGGGUAUUGCACUAGGGCUCAAAGCAGGGGGGGGGGGGGGGUUUAUGGCUGAUUUAACAAGAAAUUGUCAACCCUGUUACGGUCAACCUUGUUACUUUAUUUGGCACUAACUAUAGUAUAUAUAAUUUUUUUUACCUAUUGAGAUGGAAGUUAAAAUUUUCAAAACGCACCGAAUUGAUGGAAUGAACAAUACAUGACUGUAGAAAGGAUGUGGAUUGACUGUUGUGAGCGGUAUCUUUUAACCCUUGGACAACAAUGAUUAUGUUUCUUAGUAACCUGAUCAGAACAGUCUUUUGUUGAUGUGUUUUCCCCUGUCUAAAGUAUGACUAUCCCUGAUCUUCUGAGCAACAACCCUCUUUCAAACUCUCUUGGUGUUUUCAUCUUAUUUGAAAAGGUGCAUUUUUGCUUUAGAAUGGUGAACUACACAUGUUUUUACUGACUAGUUCACUUAACUAGAAUGAUCACCGCUUCAGACAGUUGCGGUGGAACGUUAGAACCAAUGAAAAUAUAAAUGUAUUGAAGAUCUACUGCAGAAUAUCCCACAGCUGUCUCUGUUGGACACACCACUGGUAUGUAUGGUGGUUGAAGAUCUACUGCAGAAUAUCCCACAGCUGUCUCUGUUGGGCAUUUUUAGUCAUUUUAGCAGACGCUCUUAUCCAGAGCGACUUACAGUUAGUGAGUGCAUGCAUUUUCAUACUGGCCCCCCGUGGGAAUCGAAGCCACAACCCCGGCGUUGCAAACGCCAUGCUGUACCAACUGAGCUACACGAGACACACCACUGGUAUGCAAUAUGUUGGUUGUAUAUCUGUUCUGUAUCACCUGAAUGGAUGGACCAACCUAAGUUGUGGUCUUUCCUAUAUAGAACAGACCACAGGACCAGCCUAAGUUGUGGUUUUUCCUAUAUAGAACAGACCACAGGACCAGCCUAAGUUGUGGUCUUUCCUAUAUAGAACAGACCACAGGACCAGCCUUAGUUGUGGUCCUUCCUAUAUAGAACAGACCACAGGACCAGCCUAAGUUGUGGUCUUUCCUAUAUAGAACAGACCACAGGACCAACCUAAGUUGUGGUCCUUCCUAUAUAGAACAGACCACAGGACCAGCCUAAGUUGUGGUCUUUCCUAUAUAGAACAGACCACAGGACCAGCCUUAGCUGUAGUUUUUCAUAUAUAGAACAGACCACAGGACCAGCCUAAGUUGUGGUCCUUCCUAUAUAGAACAGACCACAGGACCAGCCUAAGUUGUGAGCUGUGUUCGAAUACUCAUACUAACCGCACUAACCGUACUAUUUGUGACGUAAAUUGAGUAUUUAGGAUGCUUAUUGGUCAUAGUGUGGAUAUAGUUAGUAUGCCAAAAGUUCCCGGAUGUCGUAAUAAAUUUGCCAAAAUACGAAGUAUACAAGCAGUGGACACUAUUUCCGUGCUUUUAGGGCCCAUAAUGCAAUUCUUCAGAAAAUGGGCGUGGCUUCACAACGUUUUCAGAUUAGAAGAAAAUGGUGGGAAAAUACGCAGCUGAAGUCUGACGAGAGCUGAUACAAAUGCAUUGCUUUAACUAAUUAUGAUAAAUGUUAAGAAAAUGUUGAGCAAUGUAAUAAAGUAAUGACUUUUCAAACAAGUUACGCUACACCUUAUGUUGGCUGACAAUUUGUUAGCUACGCUAUCCUUAUGAACUGCAUAGCAUUACAGUAUGUACCGGUAUGUUAGCUAGUUACCAUCCUAAGUAACGUUAGUUGGCUACUAAUACAUCGAACUUGCCAGGCGGUAUAUUAACUAUGAUCUAACUAACUACCCAACGUUUAUUGAUUUGAUUAUUCACGUCAUUUUUAGCUAAGUGGUAUAGUCGUUGUGAGUUCUCAAUGGACAUUCGUCUGAGUGUCCCAGAGCGCAGAAUAACUGAUACAUUUACGAACGCUCAACACCCGUUGAAUAUGGCCGGUGUCAGUAAACAUCGGCAAAAACAAGUGUAAUUAAAUUGUUGCCAGCAGCACAGUUACAGUCACCAAUGCUCUGGAUAACAUGAAAACAGCCUAACCAGCUCUGCUAGGGCGAGUAAAAUGGUCAGAGUGAGCUGUUCUCUCAUUUGUGUCUGAAAGUAGCUAGCAAGCUAGCCAACGUUAACCAGUUAGCUUGGGUGCUCGACUGCUGUUAGGGUCAGAACGCUCGGAUCAACCCUACUCCUCGGCCAGAGUGUCCAGUGUGCGCUCCGAGAGCGAAACGCUCGGAUCAACCCUACUCCUCGGCCAGAGUGUCCAGUGUGCGCUCCGAGAGCGAAACGCUCGGAGUUUACCAAGGGGCAAUCUGACAACACUCUGGAUCUGCGCACUCUGGCACUCCAGAUUGAAUUUACGAAGACACCCAAAAUUGUAAUAUGUCUAGCUAGUCAUUUGUUGUGCUAACAAGCUAGCAAGAGGUUGCCUAGCAACGGCAUCAACUUCCGGUAGACAGGCGGAGCUGAAAGGAUACCGUUUGUUUACAGUAUACUAAAAUUAACCAAUAGUAUAUAGUAUGUAGUAUGUACUCAUUAAGUAUGUAGUAUACAGUAUGUUAUGAUGUGUAUUCGAACACAGCUCGUGGUGUUUCCCCAUAUAGAAUAGGCCACAGGACCAACCUAAGUUGUGGUCUUUCCGAUAUAGAGCAGACCACAGGGACAUCCCAUACAGGGCCGGCUACAAGCAAAAGCGACGUUAAGAGGUUGCUUAGGGCCUCUAGUUGCUAGGGGGCCCCCUGACCGUAUUACCGCCACACCAGCAGUCAUGAGUCAUGAUCACAGUAAAAUUCCAUGUGACCGUUGAGUCACGGUAAUCUCCUCUUAUGCACUCUGGGCAUGCUUUGGUAGAACCCAAUUUGCUAAAGGUCAUCAGGUCGCUAAUUGACUGGUACUCAGGGCCCUAUUGUCCCUCCAACCACUCUGACAUCAUACCUAGCCUACCGCUUAUUACACAUGCUAGAAAAAACAUAAAACAAAACUGAUUUAAGAUGUCUUUGGUACAUAAUUCCCGAGUGGCAGUGGUGGUCUAAGGCACUGCAUCGCAGUGCUAGCUGUGCCACUAGAGAUCCUGGUUCGAGUCCAGGCUCUGUCGCAACCGGGAGACCCAUGGGGUGGUGCACAAUUGGUCCAGUGUCGUCCAAGGUAGGGGAGGGUUUGGCCGGCAGGGAUGUGGGUUUGUUUCCCACGGGGGUCAGUAUGAAAAAAAUAAAAAAUAUAAAUACGUAUGCAUUCACUAACUGUAAGUCGCUCUGGAUAAGAGCGUCUGCUAAAUGACUAAAGUGUAAUAAUUAGUCUAGCCUAUACUCAAAAUUAAACACAUUCUAGUAAUCGCCUUUGAGUGUGGACUUUAUUAAUAUGCACACUGGAUGGACUGGUUACCUUCUGCUACUCUCCCAAAUGUCUAUACAUGAGUCUGGGAGAGAACGGUAUAGCCCUAGAGGAUGCUGUGGUUCAUUGAUUGCGCUGGGCAGCUUACAAUUAUAGUGAAUUUUAAUUUUAAUUUUCAUAAUUAAUUGGGUGACACAGAAUAUCUCAUGCGUUUCGAUCUCCUCUCUCUCUCUUUAUUCAUUUCUCGAGCGCGCAGACGGGCUGUCAACAGUUUAAUGUGUCAUUGCGAAAACAUGUUACUAUCGAUGUUCCCGAACAGAUUUCACUUGGUUUCCCAAAUUAAGCACUGGGUUUCUGCAGGAACAGGGUUGGAGAGCCUACAGAGUUACACGCAUACAGAGUUUGGGUGGAAUAUCACCUGUCAUGCAGCGAGAGCAUUUUGCUCCUCAAACAGUGGUUGAUGCGUGGAGUGAAAUAAGUGUUCUUCUAUUUAUUUCUCAGCUGCUCAUAUUAACCACAGCUCCGCUACUGUAGUGUCCGAGACAACGAUGCUGAUUAUGCUGUCGAGACAACGAUGCUGAUUAUGCUGUCGAGACAACGAUGCUGAUUAUGCUGUCGAGACAACGAUGCUGAUUAUGCUGUCCGAGACAACGAUGCUGAUUAUGCUGUCCGAGACAACGAUGCUGAUUAUGCUGUCGAGACAACGAUGCUGAUUAUGUUGUUGAGACAACGAUGCUGAUUAUGCUGUCGAGACAACGAUGCUGAUUAUGCUGUUGAGACAACGAUGCUGAUUAUGCUGUCGAGACAACGAUGCUGAUUAUGCUGUCGAGACAACGAUGCUGAUUAUGCUGUCGAGACAACGAUGCUGAUUAUGCUGUCGAGACAACGAUGCUGAUUAUGCUGUCGAGACAACGAUGCUGAUUAUGCUGUUGAGACAACGAUGCUGAUUAUGCUGUCGAGACAACAAUGCUGAUUAUGCUGUUGAGACAACGAUGCUAAUUAUGCUGUGAGAACAAGGACUGUACUUUGAUUAUAAAAGUUUAUUAUAUCAAAAGAUUUCAGCGUCAAUUUACAGACUUCUGCAGAAUAUCUGGAGAACAACGGCCCAAUCUCUUAAUAUGUUGUUCCUCCCUGUCCUUUGUUUAAAACAUGGUAUUUAUAUCCUAUGUAACAUAAGAUGGGUGGUUUUUGAUAGACCAAUCCCUGGCCUCCCCAUAUCUCCAAAUGUCCUCUAUUCCAAGAAGCCUAUGUAGUAAUGCUUUCCAGAUGUUUCAGCAAAGCAGAGUAAAGUUCAUCUAUUACACCAUUUGCAAAUGUCAGCAAAAUCAUAGACUUUCAGAUACUACACUACAAAACCGAAGUAGCCUACCAGGCAUAAUUGGAAAACUGACCCGCAGGAAAGCGCGCGGCCUCCGUUCGCUAUUCGAGUGCUGACAUUAUUCUCCUGCCCUGUGAUAAUGGGCCAUUCUAAAUCUAAACUAAUUUGACAUUUUAGUAGAGAUUACAUUUAGAAUAGUCUGAUGGGUGAAAAUAUGAUCACUUGAUGAGAGAACAGCUUUGCAGCCUGAGGCAAUGACAUUUUAGACGAUUCUGUGUUUUUUUUUGUGACUUUCUCAAAUCAUCAAUAGCCUAUAUAUCUUUUGAUUUGUAAGACUUUCUAAUGUUUGUAUCAUUCACAACAAAAUAACUCCUAAAUCUAGCAUCUAGGACCUGUUUCAAAUUAUCACUUUUAUGCUCAAUUUAGCCACUUUUAAUGCGCACUUGUUCUGGAAUUGGAAAAAUAUAUUUUCCAUUUUAUUCAGCUAAAUUCAGUUAUAUUCUUUUGACUAUAAAAUCAUUUAAUAUAAAAUAAAUAGCACUGAACUUAUAAAGUCCUUCCCCAAACUGUUGCCACAAAGUUGGAAGCACAGAAUCAUCUAGAAUGUCAUUGUAUGCUGUAUGUUAAGAUUUCCCUUCACUGGAACUAAGGGGCCUAGCCCGAACCAUGAAAAACAGCCCCAGAUCAUUAUUCCUCCUCCACCAAACUACAGUUGGCACUAUGCAUUGGGGCAGGUAGCGUUCUCCUGGCAUCCGCCAAACCCAGAUUAAUCCGUCGGACUGCCAGAUGGUGAAGCGUGAUUCAUCACUCCAGAGAACGCGUUUCCACUGCUCCAGAGUCCAAUGGCGGCGAGCUUUACACCACUCCAGCCGACGCUUGGCAUUGCGUAUGGUAAUCAAAUCAAAUAAAAUAAAAUAAAAUAAAAUUGUAUUGGUCACAUGCGCCGAAUACAACAGGUGCAGACAUUACAGUGAAAUGCUUACUUACAGCCCUUAACCAACAGUGCAUUUAUUUUAAACAAAAAAAGUAAGAAUAAAACAACAACAAAAAAAGUGUUGAGGAAAAAAGAGCAGAAGUAAAAUAAAGUGACAGUAGGGAGGCUAUAUAUACAGUAAAAUAAAGUGACAGUAGGGAGGCUAUAUAUACAGGGGGGUACUGUUGCAGAGUCAAUGUGCGGGGGCACCGGCUAGUUGAGGUAGUUGAGGUAAUAUGUACAUGUGGGUAGAGUUAAAGUGACUAUGCAUAAAUACUUAACAGAGUAGCAGCAGCGUAAAAAGGAUGGGGUGGGGGGGCAGUGCAAAUAGUCCGGGUAGCCAUGAUUAGCUGUUCAGGAGUCUUAUGGCUUGGGGGUAGAAGCUGUUGAGAAGUCUUUUGGAACUAGACUUGGCACUCCGGUACCGCUUGCCAUGCGGUAGCAGAGAGAACAGUCUAUGACUAGGGUGGCUGGAGUCUUUGACAAUUUUGAGGGCCUUCCUCUGACACCGCCUGGUAUAGAGGUCCUGGAUGGCAGGAAGCUUGGCCCCAGUGAUGUACUGGGCCGUACGCACUACCCUCUGUAGUGCCUUGCGGUCAGAGGCCAAGCAGUUGCCAUACCAGGCGGUGAUGCAACCAGUCAGGAUGCUCUCGAUGGUGCAGCUGUAGAAUUUUUUGAGGAUCUGAGGACCCAUGCCAAAUCUUUUUAGUCUCCUGAGGGGGAAUAGGCUUUGUCGUGCCCUCUUCACGACUGUCUUGGUGUGUUUGGACCAUGAUAGUUCGUUGGUGAUGUGGACACCAAGGAACUUGAAGCUCUCAACCUGUUCCACUACAGCCCCGUCGAUGAGAAUGGGGGCGUGCUCAGUCCUCUUUUUUUUCCUGUAGUCCACAAUCAUCUCCUUUGUCUUGGUCACGUUGAGGGAGAGGUUGUUGUCCUGACACCACACGGCCAGAUCUCUGACCUCCUCCCUAUAGGCUGUCUCAUCGUUGUCGGUGAUCAGGCCUACCACUGUUGUGUCGUCGGCAAACUUAAUGAUGGUGUUGGAGUCGUGCCUGGCCAUGCAGUCAUGGGUGAACAGAGAGUACAGGAGGGGACUGAGCACGCACCCCUGAGGGGCCCCCGUGUUGAGGAUCAGUGUGGCAGAUGUGUUGUUACCUACCCUUACCACCUGGGGGCGGCCCGUCAGGAAGUCCAGGAUCCAGUUGCAGAGGGAGGUGUUUAGUCCCAGGAUCCUUAGCUUAGUGAUGAGCUUAGAGGGCACUAUGGUGUUGAAUGCUGAGCUGUAGUCAAUUAAUAGCAUUCUCACGUAGGUGUUCCUCUUGUCCAGGUGGGAAAGGGCAGUGUGGAGUGCGAUAGAGAUUGCAUCAUCUGUGGAUCUGUUGGGGCGGUAUGCAAAUUGGAGUGGGUCUAGGGUUUCUGGGAUUAUGCUGUUGAUGUGAGCCAUGACCAGUCUUUCAAAGCACUUCAUGGCUACAGACGUCAGUGCUACGGGUCGGUAGUCAUUUAGGCAGGUUAUCUUAGAGUUCUUGGGCACACUAGGUGAAAAAUCUUGGGCACAAUCUUUGGCUUGUGUGCGGCUGCUCAGCCAUAGAAACCCAUUUCUUGAAGCUCCCGACAAACAGUUAUUGUGCUGACUUUGCUUCCAGAGGCCGUUUGGAACUCGGUAGUUUGUGUUGUAACCGAGGACAGACAAUUUUUACGUGCUACGCGCUUGUUGGAAAGGUGGCAUUCUAUGACGGUGUCACGUUGAAAGUCACUGAGCUCUUCAGUACAAGCCAUUCUACUGCCAGUGUUUGUCUAUGGAGAUUGCAUGGCUGUUUACUCGAUUUUAUACACCUGUCAGCAACGGGUGUGGCUGAAAUAGAGGAAUCUACUCAUUUGAAAAGGUGUCCACCUACUUUUGACCAUGUAGUGUAUAAAAAAAAUAUAUAUAUAUAUGGGCGGCAGGUAGCUUAGUGGUUAAGAGUGUAGUGCCAGUAACCGAAAGGUCGCUGGUUCUAAUCGCCGAGCCGACUAGGUGAAAAAUCUGUCGAUGUGCCCUUGAGCAAGGCACUUAACCCUAAUUGCUCCUGUAAGUUGCUCUGGAUAAGAGUGUCUGCAAAAUGACGUAUAUAUAUAUAUACUAACAGUCAAAAGUUCGCACACACCUACUCAUUCCAGGGAUUUUCUACAUUGUAGAAUAAUAGUGGAGACAUCAACACUAUGAAAUAACACAUAUGGAAUCAUGUAGUAACCAAAAAAAAGUGUUAAACAAAUCAAAAUAUAUUUAAGAUUUUAGAUUCUUCAAAGUUGCCACCCUUUGCCUUAAUGACAGCUUUGCACAGUCUUGGCAUUCUCUCAACCAGCUUCACCUGGAAUGCUUUUCCCACAGCCUUGAAGGAGUUCCCACAUAUGCUGAGCACUUGUUGGCUGCUUUUCCUUCACUCUGCGGUCCAACUCUUCCCAAACCAUCUCAAUUGGGUUGAGGUCGGGUGAUUAUGGAGGCCAGGUCAUGUGAUGCAGCACUCCAUCACUAUCCUUGCUCAAAUAGCCCUUACACAGCCUGGAGGUGUGUUGGGUCAUUGUCCUGUAGAAAAAAAAUUAUUGUCCCACUAAGCGCAAACCAGAUGGGAUGGCGUAUUGCCUUGAAUUCUAAAUAAAUCACAGACAGUGUCACCAGAAAAGCACCCCCACACCAUCACACCUCCUCCUCCAUGCUUCAUGGUGGGAACCACACAUGAUGCGGAGAUCAUCCAUUCACCUACUCUGCGUCUCACAAAGACAAGGCGGUUGGAACCGAAAAUCUACAAUGUGGACUCAUCAGUCCAAAGGACACAUUUCCACCGGUCUAAUGUCCAUUGCUCGUGUUUCUUGGCCCAAGCAAGUCUCUUAUUAUUAUUGGUGUCCUUUAGUAGUGGUUUCUUUGCAGCAAUUCGACCAUGAAGGCCUGAUUCACGAAGUCUCCUCUGAACAGUUGAUGUUGAGAUCUGUAAAUUGGUGUAAAUUGGACAGUGCAGUUAGAUUAACAAGAAUUUAAGCUUUCUGCCCAUGUAAGACAUGUCUAUGUCCUGGAAAGUUUGCUGUUACAUACAACAGUCAUGCUAAUCACAUUAGCGCAUGUUAGCUCAACCGUCCCGUAUAGGGGACACCGAUCCCAUAGAGGUUAACCUAACUGCACUGUCCAAUUUACAGUUGACAUUACAUUGAAAAAAUACCAUGCUAUUGUUUGAGGAGAAUGUACAACAACAACAAACUUAUCACGGCAACUGGUUUGAUACAUUCACCUCUGAAGGUAAAUAAUGUACUUACAUUCAGUAAUCUUGCUCUGAUUUGUCAUCCUAACGAUCCCAGACAUAAAAUGUAGCAUAGUUUUGUUUGAUAAAAUCCAUUUUUAUAUUCAAAUGUAGGAACUGGUUCUACAGUUUGAACCCCUGCCGUCUCUGGCUCCACACCCACCCCGCCCAGCCAUCUAGAUGUGUGAAAGUUAGUGUAUAAGCUAAUGAUCAUUCAUGUAUGACAUUUCUGGGAGUGUGUAAACUUACAUUUUGUAUUACCAUAUCAUUUUUAUAUGUUCUCUAUAGUUAUAUAUUUGAAAAAGUAUCAAUUUACUAAUUCGGCACAUUUGUGCAGACUUGAUACAAAAUAGUCCAGUAUUGCAAUGCUUCACUGGAUCAAUCUGAAACAUUGCACACACACUGCUGCCAUCUAAUGGCCAAAAUCUAAAUUGCACCUAAACUGCAAUAUUAUAUUGUGGCCUUUUCAAUUGCAUUUAAAAGAUGAUGGAACCCAAACAAUUUGAGAAAAUGCAUGUUUUUUUGUUUGUAUUAUCUUUUACCAGAUCUAAUGUGUUAUAUUAUCCUACAUUAAUUUCACAUUUAUACAAAUUUCAAAGUGUUUCCUUCAAAUGGUAUCAAGAAUAUGCAUAUCCUUGCUUCAGGUCCUGAGCUACAGGCAGUUAGCCUAAAAUGUUGGCUGCUUUUCCUUCACUCUACGGUCCAACUCAUCCCAAACCAUCUCAAUUAGAUUGAGGUCGGGUGAUUAUGGAGGCCAGGUCAUUUAAUGCAGCACUCCAUCACUAUCCUUCGUCAAAUAGCCCUUACAGAGCCUGGAGGUGUGUUUUGGGUCAUUGUCCUGUAGAAGAAAAAAAAUGAUAGUCCCACUAAGCGCAAACCAGAUGGGAUGGCGUAUCGCUGCAGAAUGCUGUGGUAGCCAUGCUGGUUAAGUGUGCCUUGAAUUCUAAAUAAAUCACAGACAGUGUCACCAGCAAAGCACCCCCACACCAUCACACCUCCUCCAUGCUUCAUUUUAGGCAAAAAUUUUAAAAAAGGGUCCGAUCCUUAAGAGGUUAAAAAUUAGUAGAAUUACAUGACAUUUUUUUAUAGAAUUGCAAAAUGUAUAGAAAUGCAGAAAACUUGCUUUAAAACUGCAACUUCUUCUCAUAUGGUAAAAUUAGUAGAACAGCAGGAAAUUAACUUUAAACCGUACAUUUUCCUCUCUGCCGUCAACAGACCCCCCCCCCCCCCCAACUAAAUCUCGCCCCUAAAAGACUAGGGAAGGCCCUGAUCCCAUAAUUCACAAUGUCUCUGUGUUCCUCUGGUUGUUUCAGUGAAGAAGCAGGACGGAGCGGCUGCCAUGGAGAUGCAGCCUCUAAAGAGUGCAGAGGGAGGAGAGAUGGAGGAGAAGGAGAAGAAGAAAACAAACGUCUCCAAAAAAGAGAAGUCUGUCCUCCAGGGGAAACUGACCAAGCUGGCUGUUCAGAUCGGCAAAGCAGGUACGGCAGGAUCAAUCAAUAUGAUAUAAUCUAUCAUCAAUAAGCAAAGCAGGUGAUGUAGAUCAAUCAAUAUGAUCAAUGUUUUAUCUCUAUAAAAAAUAAAAAAAGGUUUGUCAGAUCACUCAAUAUAUGAUCAAUUAUUUAUCUCAAUGUGGCAGUAAAUCAUAUCACAAUGACAUUCUGAGAUGAAAUAGGGAGAACAUACCACUGGCAGAAGUAAAUGUAGGAGUAAUUGGUAUAUGUGGAAUCACAGAGAUACAUAGUUAAUGCACUGCUGCUGUUGAUUUGUGAAGUUGAAAGCUGAAAUAAAUUUGAUAUCAAGUUAAACAAGCCAUGCAUCUUGCACUUUCACCUGUUCAGUAGUGUAGAGUAGAGUAGAGUAGAGCAGAGCAGAGUAGAGUAGAGUAGAGUAGAGUAGAGUAGAGUACUGUAGAGUAGAAUAGAGUACUGUAGAGUACUGUAGAGUAGAGUAGAGUAGAGUAGAGUAGAGUAGAGUCGAGUCGAGUCGAGUCGAGUCGAGUCGAGUCGAGUCGAGUCGAGUCGAGUCGAGUCGAGUCGAGUCGAGUCGAGUCGAGUCGAGUCGAGUCGAGUCGAGUCGAGUCGAGUCGAGCCGAGCCGAGCCGAGCAGAGUAGAGUAGAGUAGAAUAUAGUAGAAUAGAGUACUGUAGAGUAGAGCAGAGUAGAGCAGAGUAGAGCACAGAAGAUAGAGUAGAAUAGAAUACAGUAGAAUAGAGUAGAGUAGAGUAGAGUAGAGUAGAGUAGAGUAGAGUAGUGUAGAGUAGAGUCGAGUCGAGUCGAGUCGAGUCGAGUCGAGUCGAGUCGAGUCGAGUACUGUAGAGUAGAGUCGAGUCGAGUACUGUAGAGUAGAGUAGAGUAGAGUAGAGUAGAGCACAGAAUAUAGAGUAGAAUAGAAUACAGUAGAAUACAAUAGAUAGAAUAGAGUACAGUAGAAUAGAGUAGAAUAGAGUAGAAUAGAGUAGAGUAGAGUAGAGUACAGUACAGUACAGUACAGUAGAAUACAGUAGAAUAGAGUAGAAUAGAGUAGAGUAAUUUUCUCCUUGUCCUUGUCCAUCCAGGUCUGGUGAUGUCAGCCAUCACAGUGAUCAUCCUCGUGCUGUACUUUGCUGUGGACAACUUUGUCCUGCAGAAGAGGCCGUGGCUGACGGAGUGCACCCCCAUCUAUGUCCAGUACUUUGUCAAGUUCUUCAUCAUCGGUGUCACCGUGCUGGUGGUGGCUGUACCUGAGGGGCUGCCCCUGGCCGUCACCAUCUCCCUGGCCUACUCUGUCAAGGUAAACAAACAUAUCCCUGGCCGUCACCAUCUCCCUGGCCUACUCUGUCAAGGUAAACACACAUAUCCCUGGCCGUCACCAUCUCCCUGGCCUACUCUGUCAAGGUAAACACACAUAUCCCUGGCCGUCACCAUCUCCCUGGCGUACUCUGUCAAGGUAAACACACAUAUCCCUGGCCGUCACCAUCUCCCUGGCCUACUCUGUCAAGUUGCCACAUGUACAUUUUUUAAAACCUUUUGUCUUAUAUUUUAUUUCUGACCAAUUAGAAGUGUCAAAGGAUUGGAAUCGUGAGAAUGAUGAGAAUGAUCCCAGUAAACCAGGAAGAGAGUUCCCACAGAGUCUGAAUGCUAAGGAUUCCAGUAUGUCGAGGGAGCUUACUGGGGUUUAUCUUAGAAUGAUUGAUAGAUGGAAUAUACUGACUUGGGUACAGGGUGAUACCAUCAGAGUGGGGGGUGCCCACUGAUGGUUACCAGAUGUUAUUGAAGAAACGUGUAACAUUAAGUAUAUAAACUGAGAGAUUUCCUUUGUCCAGAGUUCGGAUGACAACAGGCAAAGCACAUGCCGUUUGUUAUACAAACCCGGUACCGUAUCUAUUAACAUAUUUGCAUCAACUCUCCAUCUAAGUGUUAAAUAUCUUUUUGGAUCAUGAAUUACUUGAUACCAGAUAAACUCAUCAUAGCAGGGUUUUAUCUAACAUUAGGAUGAUAACAUCCCAAAGGAAUGUUUUUGAUAAAAUGUACUUAUUUAUCAAAGAUGUUUUAGAUGAAAUAUCCUUGGAACAACCACAGCAGAACAUUCCCCAAAAAGUGAAUAUGUUUGAAUAAAACAUUUGCCUGAUGUUGCAAGAAUGUUCCUAUAAAGCUUUUAAUCUGUUCUUUAAAAGGUUCCCAGAAUGUUUCAUUAGGUUGUGGGAACAGUUUGGUGGGAACGUUGUGGGGACAUCAUAAAAUAUAUGUUCCCAACAUAUCAAAACUGUCCAGUUGUGCGGAUGAUUCAACAGUGUUUCUUUUAGUGUGCAAAAACAUUCACCUGGUGUUACAAGAACGUUCCCAAAACACAUUUAGUCUGUUCUUUAAAGGUUCCCAGAAUGUUUCAUUAGGUUGUGGUAACAGUGUGGGUACAUUACAAGAGAUAGGUUCCCAAAACACAAAAUAUGCUCCGUUGUGAUGAAAUUCAUAAGUUAGGUAGCAUAACACAUUUACUUAAUGUUGUAAGAAUUAAAUACGUCUGUUUUUAUGAAGUUCAUAGCAUAUUUGUUUUACGUUUAACAUAAUACUCCAUUGAUGUUAAUGCAUCGUACAUUUUGCCUUGACUUGGAGGUCCUCAGAACAGUUCAAGAACAUUUAGAACAUGUUUUAUUUAUAUUUUUAUAUUCCCACAACAUUCUCAGCAUGCAAAUUAAGCAGAUUGGAUUACACCCCCGUUCCAUUUCUCCCCAGAUGUAAUGGCAGUUCUCAUCUGAGGACUGUGUUGUAGGUGAUAGAGUGACAUGGCAUUUUAAUUUCAUUCAUAGGACAUUUGAACAGCAUUUAGUCAUACAAACAACCAUAUUGUUUUCUAGACGUCAUAUGUUGACAAUCUGCGCAUGUGGGGUUUGAACCUGCAAUGUUUUAUCCUCUGCACCAUCAGGGACGCUCUCAUUCAUCGUCUUUAUUCAGUAUACAGUAUAGCCAUAGCUGUAUUCAGUAUACAGAAUAGCCAUAGCUGUAUUCGUGUAUCCAGUAAUCAGGAAUUCCAUGCUUCCUUUUUUUAAGCCUUCUUAGACAUCACUAACCCAGGGAUAUACUGGUAACUGGGUUAUUCACCGUCACUUCACCCAUCCUCUUUAUAUGCUGUCUGCUUCUGGGGCCAUAUUCACAAGGUAUCCAAGACUAUGAGCAUUGAUCUAGGAUCACUUUUGCUGUUCAGAUCAUGAAAAAUAAGCCAGAGGGGACCAUAUCAAGCGUCUCAAAGUAGGAAUUAUAUUGGGUGUGUUUUUUAAAGUUGUACAGUACAUUUUUACACAAUGUUAUUAUUAUUUUUUUACAGUUGCAUUUCUGACUGGAUUUAAACAUCUGUAUAUCCUCUCCUUUAGUAGAGUAUAUCUGAGCCUCAAUUUCAUUUUAUUUUUUAUUUUUAUGAAACAUGGUUGUAGAAUUUAUGGAAUUUAACCUGCAAUCUUCGGAACUGCAGCCAGAUAAUUAACUCUCUGUGGGGAUAGCUGUGGCCUUGUGUGUUUCUUUUUUAGUCAAAUAUGGUCAUCAGGAAACUGAACGCAAUUUCUGAGUUAUUAAAAUGUCCCCAUCCUCUUGAUAUGCUGUGUCCAUAUAACACUGUAUCCUCUUUAUAGGCGGUGUCCUUUAAAUAAUUAGUAUUCCUGUGUAUUGAUAUGAUCAUCAUAUUGUAUUGAUAUGCUUCUUAAAUACAGACUCAGAACCUUCAAACCUUCAUAGCAUAUUUGUUUUAGGUUCAACAUAAUAUUCCUUUGAUGUUUACACAAUAUACAUUUUACCUUGUCUUUGAGGUCCUCAGAACAGUUCAAGAACAUUUAGAAAAUGUUAUAUUUAAGUUUUACCAAAUAUUAUAAAGAAAACAGAUAGGAAUACAUCCCCAUGAUGCUUCACUCCAGAUGUAAUGUCAAUUCACAUUUGAAGAAUGUAUUGUAGGUGAUAUAGAGGUAAUACGAUUCUUUUUUAAAAACCUUUUCAAAACAACUAUCCCCUGGUGAUGCAGAGGGUUAAUGAUUUGGAAACAAAACAUUGCAGGUUCCAUCCCCACUUGUGCAGAUUGUCAACAUAUGAAGUGUAAAAAGUUUGUAUGAUUAAAUGCUGUUCAAAUGUCCUGUGAAUGAAAUAAAAAUGCCAUAUACCUCUAUAUCACCUACAAUACAUUCUUCAAAUGUGAAUUGACAUUAAAUCUGGAGUGAAGCAUCAUGGGGAUGUAUUCCUAUCUGUUUUCUUUAUAAUAUUUGGUAAAACUUAAAUAUAACAUUUUCUAAAUGUUCUUGAACUGUUCUGGGGACCUCAAAGACAAGGUAAAAUGUAUAUUGUGUAAACAUCAAAGUAAUAUUAUGUUGAACCUAAAACAAAUAUGCUAUGAACGUCAUAAAAACGGACAUUUAAUUCUUACAACAUUAAGGAAAUGUGCUGUGCUACCUAACUUAAGCAUUGUAUGAAUGUCAUCACAACUGAGCAUAUUUUGUGUUUUGGGAACCUAUCUCUUGUAAUGUACCCACAUUGUUCCCAUAACCUAAUUAAAUGUCCUGGGAACCUUUAAAGUCCUCAGAAAGGCUGUUAUGUCAACAUUCUUGUAACAUCAAAUUAAUGUUUUGUGCACCCUGACACAAACUUUUUCUGAAUGUCAGCACAACUAAACAGUUUUAGUGUUUUGGGAACUAGUCUCUUGUCAUAUCCCCACAAUGUUCCCACUACCUAAAUAAAUGUUUUAGGAACUUUUGAAGAACAUAAAACUUUGUUCUGGGAAUGUUCUUGCAACAUCAGGCAAAAGUUUUUUGCAACCUCAUAGAAACAUUGAAUUAAUCAGCACAAAUAGACAGUUUUUGUGUUUUGAGAACAUCUUUAUUGUCAUGUCCACAGAAUGUUGCCACAACCUAAUGAAACAUUCUGGGAACCUUUAAAGAACAGAUUAAAUGUGUUCUGGGAACGUUCUUGUAACAUCAGAUGAAUAUUUUUCCACCCUAAAAGAAACAUUGUAGAAUCAUUCCCUCAACUGGACAGACUUUGUGUUUUGGGAGCAUAACUUUUGUGAUGUCCCCACAUUGUUCCCACCAGACUGUUCACACAACCUAACAAAACAUUCUGAUAACCUUUAAAGAACUGACUAAAUGUGUUCUGGGAACAUUCUUGUAACAUCAGGUGAAUAUUUUUGCACCCUAAAAGAAACAUUGUAGAAUCAUCCGAACAGUUGGAACGUUUUCAUGUUUUGAGAACAUAUCUUUUGUGAUGUCCCCACAAUAUUCUCACCAGACUGUUCCCACAACCUAAUGAAACAUUCUGGGAACCUUUCAAGAAUUAUUGAAUCACAAUUAUUAAAUGUGAUUAAAUGUGUUCUAGGAACGUUCUUGAAACAUCAGGCAAAUGUUUUAUACAAACAUUCUACAAUCAUCACCACAACUGGACAAUUUUUGUGCUAUGAGAACAUGUGCCGCGACCUAACAAAUGUUCUGGGAACCUUCUGGGAUGCUUCCUCAUCAGUGCAUUAUAUUUAGCAAUCCAAUAAUCUGUAGCUAUGUAUCCAAAUAUGCAACAUAGUUCAACAUAUCACUUUAGAAUGUUCAGUUGGCUAGGUUCUAAUUAGCGACUUUUCUGUUGAGUUUGUUGUGAAGCUAAGACCUCAACAACAUAGUUGAUAUUUCCUCAACAGAAAAUGAUGAAGGAUAAUAACCUGGUUCGCCACCUUGAUGCGUGUGAGACGAUGGGCAACGCUACGGCCAUCUGCUCCGACAAGACUGGCACUCUGACCACCAACCGCAUGACGGCCGUGGCGUGCUAUGUGGGAGACGUCCACUACAAGGAGAUACCAGACCCCGGAGCGCUGACUGCCAAGUCACUGGACAUACUGGUCAAUGCCAUCUCCCUCAACAGCGCCUACACCACCAAGAUU